AUGCAAAUUAGCCGUCCUAUGGCUCGAGCUGCUUUGCAAGGCCAUGAGCUCAUGCCUAGGACCAGAGGCGGUGGCGUAGCCGGUAUUGAUUAUGAAGAUGAGCACGAGGCGUUUGCAGCCAGCCGCAGCUCAGAUUACAUUUAUGAAUCUGGUAACGAAGCUGCCUUUGAUGCGCUUGAUAGCCACGCUGAAACCAUCGAAGGCGAUGCCAAGUUGCCGCUCGUAAUCACUGGAUCGACUGGAUGUGGAAAGAGUGCUCUCCUCGCGAACUGGGUCAAUCGCCGCAGAAAAAUGAAGCAUCGUGAUGAAUUUCUUUUCCAACAUUUUGUGGGUUGCUCGCCGCGCUCCAAGCAGCUGGCACACUUGCUCUAUCGUCUUGAGUCGGCCCUCAAAGAGCAUUUCCAGCUGAGAGAAAUGGAAGUACCUACUUCUGAAGAACGCCUUAGAUGGUCGUUGAACAGAUUCCUAGCAGCGGCUGCAAAGAAGCAAUUCCCUGCUCGUAUUGUCAUUGUCAUGGACGCUGUAAAUCGGCUUCGAGGCGAGUCGAGUGCCGCUGACACUCUCCAUUGGCUCCCAACCGAAUUACCACAAGGGGUUAGAAUUAUCGUGUCUACUGUUGAGCUCGAACAAAACGGAUCAUUACCAGAUGAUUUUUAUGAUGAAGGAUCCCGUGUUCACCGAACAUACACUGAAUUGCGUCGGCGAAAGUGCCCUACUAUCCGCUUACAGCCGUUGUCAGUAGAGGUUCGUCACCUCAUCAUUGGGAGCUUCCUCAAGGUGAACCAACAAGCACUACAAUCACUAGAACAAGCUCAACAAUUUCGGCUUGUGACUGCCAAAGCAUCAUCACAACCUUUGUUUUUACGCACGAUACUCUACGCUCUUCGACUAGGCUUCGAAAUGUCCGAGGUGCCUGUAGACCAGCAGAUUGACGUUUGUCUCGCCGCUGAGACUUCUUCACAGCUGAUUGCUCGCGUCCUUGAACUCUGCAGUGAUUAUGUGGAUUUGACUCUGGUGUCGACAGAAACAGAGCCCCCCUCAGCAGCUCUACAGAGGGUCGCCGGGACAACUAAUCAGCCUACUAGGGAUGAGAGCGAUGCCGCUAACAUAUUCGCUCGCGUUUUGACAGCCUUGUUUGCUUCACGACAUGGGCUAAGUGAUGCAGAAAUGUGGGGGAUUGUUGAGCUUGCCACCAGCGAUCCUUUGCCCCUUGAACAACGUGAAUGUAUUCGCCGAGUUCUCAGAGACUACACAUUCUCCGUUAAUGGAUUGCGGAAUUUCUCUCACGAGGAUUACGCAGUCGUAGUCUACAAUGAGUACAUCCGCUCUCCGGAAGUCCACGUUCGCGCUCAUCAACUAAUGGCGAGAUAUUUUGGUAAGCUGCCCCCGUGCGAUCGGAAGCUCGAUGCGCUCCCAUAUCACCUUGAGGUGAGCGGAAGCUGGUCAAGGCUCCGAGCUGCCCUCGUUGACGUACAAAUGUUCCGUUUGUGGUGGACAGCGGCACACAAGACGGAGUUUUUGAACUUAUGGGCAAGCUUGACCGCAUGUUCAAAUACAGGAGCUCCAAUCCGCAAAUUGGUGACCGGGGAGUUUGAUGACACUAUGCGAUGCGCCCAGCCACCUCGCCCGUGCUUGGAUGUCGUGGACGAGUACGUACGGUCAGUGGAUGACUACAAGUUUGUUCAUUCUCCUUCGGACGAUGAACUGGCUAGUGUUAUCCUUCACAUAGCUGACUUCAUGCUCGAGUUCGCAACCCUGUCGUUGGAAGAGGCGGCAGAUGUACCUCAGUUUGUCCAUCCAACAAUCCCCAAUGAAGAUCUCGCGAGUCUUGGCGUUCCUUUUCUCUCCCGAGAUAAAGACGGGAAUUCGGUUCUGAACACCCCGCAUGUAGAAGCCUCCACUGACAAAGGUUCACUGGGUGCCAAGCCCACUGCAAUGGACACCCCGAUGAAAGUAAAUGAAGAAAUCCCAUUAUGUUCCACAUAUUUCUAUCACAGAUGGAUGUGGAUCCAGUUUCCAUGGGUAUCACUGGCUAACUGUGGUGAAAGGUUUCUCCAGGGAGUUGCUCACCAAACUCGCCAAGAGCAGAAUGGAGCUGCGCCUGGGAAGAGUAUUGAGGGUCGGCUAUCUGUUGUUGAUAGCAAGGUGAAACCCGCCGAAAGUCAGCUGAUGGCGUCAUGUAGUCGGAAUCUCUCUUCUGCUCAGAUGGCGGCGGCGGCUGCCGCCGCGAUUGUCGGCGCCAGGCUCCCUGAAAUUCGUACUUUUUCGCCUGGAAAGGAGCCAGGAAAUCUACACAUCGUUCCUGGACCGAUUGCGGCCGCGGCUAUCAAUAGAUCAGCACAAAAGUGCAAGGUGUCGUCCAAGCAAUCAACGAAUCAAGACAGAUUGACUGGGAAAGAGUCUUUGGAAUCUAAGACAGGCUACAUUGACCACUUUGCUGUCAGGGUCGAGCAACUCAGAACAAAUAUUGGGUCGUAUCGCUCUGAGUUGGACCAGCUAAGGCAAGAAAGAGUUAAUCUUGGCCGCGUGUUUAACCGCACACACGACGAGAUGCUCGAGCUGAGCAAGAUGCACCUGUCCACCAGUGAUCUUGAGGCUAAGCUGAAUAGGCUGGUUAGGCGACUGGAACAGACUAUUCGCGGGCACAAAAUGGCCAAGCUACUAUAUAAGAAUUAUGAAUGCGUAAAGCUCAUGUGCGAGCGUCAUCCGGCACAUAGCCAGGCACUCAUCGGCGAACUUGAGGCUAAGCUUACCCAAGACACCCUGUUCAUACGAGAGGUGCGGCAGCGGCUUCGAGAAACAACAUUCGAAUCCCACGACUUUGCCGCUAAUAACAAAGUCCUCCAGCAUGCGGCACAAGAGAUGACAGUGCUUCAGAACGACAUGCUCGUGCAACGCAUUCGCCAACGUGAACAUUUGCAGUCAAUGUCAGUCAAAGAGGCGGAACUGAACCAACAGCGAGAGAAGGAAAUCUCACCCAAGCUUACAGAUAGUCUGGUCAACGAUGGUAGUACUAAAAGGGAUGUGAGAAUAAGUGGCUCUGAAAACGGCAUCCAGGGGCGCCCGCCCAAGCGGAUUGUCGGACGAAAUCAAAAUGCAUACCUGCGACGUGAAGUUCUAGAUCAAGGGUCGUGCCUCUCUGCCACUGAAGAUGCUUCGGACGGUAUCCUACUGGACCUCGCAAGUUGCUGGGAAGAGUACGCUGAUCUCAUUCGCAAGCGUACGUUUAUCACGGAUAUCAAGGAAUUUUUUGGUAAAUUCUAUAACGCGCAGACCUUACAGACACAAAUGCGAUCCCUACACAAUGCCGCAGAACUGCGCCAGCGAGAACUCAAAAGGACACUGAACAUUGUCGAAGCUGAGCUGGAACAAGUGCGAUAUGACUCACAGUCAAUUGUGGGUUCGAAUUCACGCGAGGCAAGAGAGCUUCAAAUUCGGCUCUCUGUGCAAUUAGGUCACCACAAGCACGCCCGUGAAACUGCGCUCGCCGCCGAGCGUCUACGCCAAGCUGCCUUCGGCGGCAUUAAACAUGUUUGCACUACUCUUGGUAUUCCACCACCGGACCAGGACACUCCCGUCAAUGAGAUAAUUCAUCAGGUUGAAAGUGUCUUGGAGGCGCUCAUGGAGGAGAAGGAUAAGACUGCUCAGAAAAUCGGUGACCCGCACCAGUCCAACUUUCGGGAGACAUCGUCUGGAUACGAAAAAUUGAUGCGCGCUCCUGAACUGGAUGCAGCCCUGGAACAGUUUGAAACUCCCAAGGCACUCAUCGCACAUCGGCUUCCGGCCAAGGCUCCCGAUGAGACACGAAUGCUGCACGAAGACCCAGAUUCUAACCCAGUCGUUGAUGAUGGCUGUGACAUCGCAACACGAAGUGACGUGAAACGCGAAGCUCACAAAAAUGUAAAAUGGUCCUUGGCUAGCAUCGAACUGGCAUCGUGGAGUUGGCUUUUACUGCAGCUGUCUGUGUUCCAGCUGUCUGUGUUCCGGGACAGCACCACCCUACCUAGGGUGCUUGCGACCAACAAUGCCGAGAACAUUCAUGGGGCAAGAGCAUGCAAUGGGUAUGUCCAAGACGAUCCUGUGUCUCGUUCUUCGUCCCCGAUGCCGCUGACGCCGGGGAGCUUCCCAUCGGCUCCUGGCCGGCUCCGGUGGCGCUGCCUUCCUUCCACACUAGACAAGGCAGCCCAUCUUACCACAAGCCUAGAACCCGCCAGCCUCAUACGCGUCGCCGUGAAGGGCCUUACACCAUAUGGUCGUUUUUUACACUGGCCCUGUCUAAUAUGCUUCCAAUCCGAGUCUAGGUCUCUAGAAGUCUACACAGCGGGCGUUAAAAUUCUCAUGCGACAGUCUAUUGAGGAGCGCCAGCUCUCUAUCCAGGUGAUUCUCGAGGUAGAGGCUGAUAUUUCGCAACGCUUCAAUGAUAACCGUGCAUUCAAAGACCAGUUGGCGAAAUUGAUCAGAGGACUUGCACGGUGCCAACCGCCCUUGACCACUGACAUGCUAUUGCGCUAUGUCCCCUCGAUUCCUCAACAACCCAGCUCAUCGUCACGCAACGAAGCAGGGUUGCGAGCAGGAGGAUUUGAGUUGUAUGUAAUACUGGAGGUGCGCGAUCACCUGGGAAGUGUGUGUGCGUCAUCUCACCGAGUUUUGCUGCACUCACGGCUCGUGUCACGAAAGAUGCCAAAUCAAAAACGCGUUGCGAAACGUCUGCGGGUGGCCCUAGGCUCCGUGCAAGAUGAUCCAAACAUUUCACCGAAAGCUCCCCUUACCUGGAGGCAGUGCAUACGCUGCGGGUGGCCAAUAUCUUCACCUUCAGCUUGUUCAGGUCGCCCUGGCCAACGCCACUACCUGGCGCUAGGUCACAACCUUGUCCUGGGCAUGACUGGAAAUAAUUAUGGUGGGCCACUUUUUAUUUCUGUUGACUGUCAUACCGGCCGUGACGCCGCAUACCCCUUGGAACCCUCUUUUGGCAUGGUGAAAUAUGGGGGUAUCGCUGAAAUUAUUGAGCAGCAUGUAUCUCGUGUGCAACUCACUGGCUGUCGGAUUCUCGACGAAAAACUCGUACCGGGAGGAACGAGACAUGACGUCCUUGACCACCUCCAGAGAACCGCGACCCACCGCGCCAUGGAUCGGCUUGAUCCACAACCACGGCCCUGUGUCAUCUCGAAGACCUCAGAUCAUGUCCUCCAAAAUACCCUAGGAGGCAUCUCAAAGCCACGGAGCAAGUACGAUAUUACAAACCGCGUCCAACUCUGGAUCCAGAUUCAGAUUCAAAAUGGGCGGUAUUUCGUUCCCACCAAGACCCAAGUCGGCCACAAACCGUCCCGCAUCUGCCUUCAGAUCGUGCUACUAGGCAAAAAACUAUCGGCUGGGCGACUUGAACUCUGA